CCACUAGAGGGCAGCGACACCCCACCGCAGCGUGUAGUCAACCCCAAGAGGAAGAGUAAGCGGUAGUUACAAACCGAAACGGUGAGAUGUUUGGGCUCUUUGGGAAAAGUAUACCUGUGAAAGUUAGGAGUUAUAGUGAAAGCAGAAAGCAUGGAGUUGCAGCAAAAGAUCUAAAGGAGCUGCUUAAAAAAGCCUGCAAGGCAUUACAGGUGCCACAUUCCGGUGCACAUGUUUGCUUGUAUUCUGAUGGGACAAAAGUGACGGAGGAAUUCUUCCUGACUCUACCUGACCACACUGAACUUGUUCUUCUUUCCAGAGAGCAGACAUGGAGUGGGGUGGUGUGCGACAUCGGCCAGUUACUGAAGACAGACCAGCACGCCGAUGGCCUCAUUGAAGCAGCAAAGGGGCUCCUGUCUGGUGAGCGGUCUCCCAAGAGACGUAAAAUCCUGACUGACCUGCUGCAGAGCUUGGAGGACAGAUCUGAGCUGGAGAGCAGAGAGGAGGAUGAGGAGUGGUUCAGAGGUGUCGAUGCUCGAUUCAAGACGAAGUCUGGCUACAUGAAGUUCAACUGCGAAAGCAGGAUACGAGGUUACAUGAAGGAGGUGGAUGAUGCCACCAAAACCAUUCAGAAAGCUAAAGUCAGGGCAGAGUUCUUGAAAACAUCCAAGUGCCUGGCAGAAAUGCUGAAGACUGCCAGGUACAACGGCUGUUACUUUGACAGGACUGAGAAGGAGCCAGAUCGCCUCUGCACCAAGGAAGGAUGGUUCACCUGCCAGGGGUCAUUUGACCAGGACGUGUGCCAGUCUCUCCACUCCAUCAACCCCUACGGCAGCCGAGAGAGCAGGAUCAUCUUCAGCACGUGGAAUCUGGACCACAGGAUAGAGAAGAAGAGGACGAUCAUUCCCACUCUGCUGGAGGUUCUACAAAAUCACAGGACCACCGACGUCAACCUGACCUACUUCUACCGCCUGCUGUUCACCAGGGAAAACCUGAAGCUGGUACACAUCGUGUGCCACAAGAAAGGAGCUCACAACUUGCUUUGUGACACCAAGAAAAUUUUUAGAAAAGCCAGUAACACAGACAAGGGAAAUCCGAAGAACAAAGGGAAGAAGAGGCGCUUGAUGUGAAGAUUUUUUUACUCUUUUAUGAAAA